AUGAAGGUUGAGGCAGCAUUUCUGACAUUAGCCCGUGGGCUCAUUUUAGUGAACUUUGUUGGCUUUUGCUAUGGUGCACUGCAGGUGGGAUUUUACAGAGGCAAAUGUGGGUUUGCAGAUGUUGAGGCUAUCGUCGCUGGUGUUAUUACUGCUCGGUUGUUCAGGGAUCCUUCAACUGUGGCUGCACUCUUACGCUUGCAGUUCCAUGAUUGCUUUGUCAAUGGGUGUGAUGCAUCGAUACUGAUAGAUGGAAGAAACAGUGAGAAAACAGCAACACCAAAUUUGAGCGUGAGGGGAUAUGAAAUUAUAGACCAAGCAAAGGCUGCCGUGGAGAACGCUUGCCCUGGUGUGGUAUCCUGUGCUGAUCUCAUUGCAAUUGCUACAAGAGACGCUGUUUUCUUGAGCGGUGGAGGGAGAUACGAUGUUCAAACAGGAAGAAGGGAUAGUUUAGUCUCCGUAGCUGAAAAUGUGAGCCUGCCAGGUCCAGCAACGUCAGUGCCUGAGGCCAUUGCAGCAUUUUCUGAUAAAGGUCUGACCGUUACAGACAUGGUGCUUCUACUAGGUGCUCAUUCUGUUGGGGUUUCACAUUGCUCAUUCAUCAAAGACCGUCUUUUCAACUUCGAAAACACUGGCAGACCUGAUCCAUCCAUGGAUCCUCUCCUAGCAAACAUUCUGAGGUCAAGAUGUCCACCAUUUGCCACAGUAGACAACACAGUAAACCUUGAUCAAAAUUCGUUCAGCCCAUUUGCAAUAAGCAAUAAAUACUAUCAGAACGUAAUGCUACGUAGAGGCAUUCUCCAAAUUGACCAAGAGUUGGGAACUAACCCAUCCACAAGGCCUGUCGUCACAAACCUAGCUAAUGCAUUUGAUUUCCCUACCAGGUUUGGUGCUGCCAUGGUUAAGUUGGGAGCUAUAGGGGUUCUGACUGGAAAACAAGGAGAAAUUAGGAGAUCUUGUAGGGCUACUAAUGGGCAGCAAUUUACUUAA